AUGGCUAGUCCCAAUCCCGACUCAGUUCCGCCAUCCCAGGAGUUCUCGGGCGAUGCAAGCAUAGACAAAGAGCGUAUGCCCAGCGACAAUCCCGAUCUCGUGGGCUGGGAUGGAGAUCAUGAUCCCAAUCGGCCCUCAAACAUGUCCACAUGCCGAAAGUAUAUUAUCACCAUCAAUUUAGGUCUGAUCACUUUCUGCGUAACCUUUGCAUCCUCUGUCUUCAGCACGGCCACUACUGUCACGUCAAAAGAAUUUGGAGUAUCGGAAGAGGUAAUGGUCCUGGGAACCAGUUUGUUCGUCCUAGGUUUCGCGCUUGGGCCCUUGAUUUUUGGACCACUCUCAGAGCUGUAUGGACGGAAGAUUCCCCUGUUCAUCGGGUUCUUCAUCUUCGCCAUCUUUCAGAUCCCUGUGGCGGUAGCUCAAAAUCUACAAACGAUCUUCAUAUGUCGCUUUUUAGGAGGGGCUUUUGGAAGUUCUCCUCUGGCUAUCGUCGGCGGAAUCUUGGCUGAUAUGUUUGAUCCGGUCCAGCGAGGGAUUGCAGUCGCAAUAUUUGCGGCGAGCACUUUCAUCGGUCCAGUUGCGGGGCCCAUCGUUGGUGGCUUUGUGACAAUGUCGUACCUGGGAUGGCGAUGGACAGCUUGGUUGACACUCAUCAUGUCAGCCUUCUUCGGAAUUAUAGGCUUUCUUCUGGUUCCUGAGACCUUCGAGCCUGUUCUACUAACGAGGAAGGCUAAAAGAUUGCGCUUGCAGACUAAAAACUGGGCACUUCAUGCUCCAGCGGAAGAGCAGAGCACGGAGCUUGGGGAUAUCUGCGAGCGAUACCUCCUCCGCCCUAUAUUGAUGCUAUUCCAAGAACCAAUCCUUAUAUUACGUAUCCUAUUGCCUUUAGAAAUUCGUGGCUGGAAUGCCGGCGUCGGAGAACUACCUUUUCUUGCUAUUACGGUUGGUGUUCUGAUAGCCGUGGGCAUUAUCAUCGCAUUCACCAUGACUCGCUUCCAGAGGAUCAUGAAUGAACAAGGGUCAGUUCCUCCGGAAGAGCGGCUUCUGCCGAUGAUUCUAGGCGGCGCGGUGCUCCCCAUUGGAAUGUUUUGGUUUGGGUGGACCUCGAACAAGUCAAUCAUUUGGGUUCCAGAGGUCAUCGCCGGCGGUGCUAUCGGUAUUGGGGUGCUGCUGAUCUUCUUGCAGGGCCUCAACUAUAUUAUCGACGUCUAUAAGAUGAACGCGAACUCUGCGAUCGCAGCCAACACUCUCUUCAGAUCCUGUCUGGGUGCCGGUUUCCCUUUGUUUGCAACUGCAAUGUUCCAUAAUCUGGGGGUCAACUGGGCCAUGACACUCCUAGGAUGCUUAACUGCCAUUCUAUUCCCAGUUCCUAUUCUUUUUUACAUUUAUGGUGCCAGAAUCCGCAAGAUGAGCCGGUUUAGUCCGGAUGUUUGA